CAUCAUGAUAUUGGAGAAUUGGCACAAGAUUGUUUGAUCAAGGAGGUUGAUUUCAAGGCGUCAACUGUUGUAGAAAUCGGAAGUCUGCAGCCAAAAACAAACUAUUCCUUCGAAAUAUUCUUGGAAAACGUGCAUUUUCAGUCUCAAUUUGGCCCUGGAACUGUUUUUCAUUACAAAACAAUAGGAUUCAGGCCACAUAAACUCGACCCACCUGUUGUGCUAAAACAAGGUUCCACGGGUUUCACUAUUGUUCGUUGGGAAGCCGUGAAAACACCUGUUGCGGCUCAAAGUGAUUCAGAAAUUGUUUCAAACAAAUACAUUUUGGAGGGCAAACGAAGUUCUUCGCCGGGAUUCCACUGGACUGUGAUUUACAAAGGCUCAGAGACUUCGUACAAUUUCACGCACCAACGCGAAGCGAGGAACCUCGGAACCAUCGUCAACGACACCACCAGCACCAUCAAGGACACCACAAGUGGCACCAUCAUCACGUCGGAAAACGAUCAAAAGUGGGUGUUCAGAGUUGCCGCCGAAAAUGAAUUCGGGCUCGGGGAAUUCAGUGAGCCGAGCAAGUCCUUGUUGGAUGCUGAACCGUUGGCAAUGCUGACGGAAACUGCGGAAUUGGCAGUUGUGGUCGGCGCUGCUUGUUUGGCAGUUGUCAUAAUUGCAUUGGCUGCUUACGGAUGUCUUUUAGUGAAAAGAAGGAGCGAGCUGAAGGCCAGGCAAUUCAGCAAUUCCCCCAAUUUCCCAGGGGCUGGACACGAUUUGGCAACACUGACUGACCUGCCAAGACACGCGAGGUUCAUUGAGGAAACCAACGAGUUUUACAGACCCAGCAAUGACAUGGACGACGGCACAGAUGGCGCUGCUGGAGGCCCCACUGCCGAAGAAAUGGGCUUGUUGCCGAAAAUAAGAAGACAACACAUAACCUUGACGAAAUUCCUGGGCUCGGGGGCCUUUGGCGAAGUCUUUGAGGGACUGGCCAAGGGGUUACCUGGUCACUGUGACCCCGAAGGAACCAAAGUCGCUGUCAAGGCUUUAAGAAAGAAUGCUACUGCACAGGAAAGAUCUGAUUUCCUGUUUGAAGCCAGCAGGAUGUUGCAGUUCAAGCAUGAGCACAUUUUGAGACUGCUGGCUGUGUGUGUUGAAGGAGAACCCUGCUAUUUGCUGCUGGAGUUGAUGGAUGGAGGAGACCUUCUGAGUCACUUGAGGAGUAACAGACCAACAACUCAUGCACCAAGCAACCUUUCACUCUAUGACCUCAUGUCCAUGUGUGUGGACGUGGCCAAGGGUUGCAGGUACCUAGAGGAGCUCCAUUUCGUGCACAGGGAUUUGGCAGCUAGAAAUUGCCUUGUCAGCAAAUCCAGAACCCCGCACUGUCGACUAGUAUUAGACACUGUGGACACCACAAAUCAUGCCGAGUGCAGUUUGAAUGAUGAUGAAGAGGAUGACACUGUGACUACAGCGACAUCUACGGCACCCGCUGCUCCGUCGUCUACGCUUAAUUAUAUGAUAGAUGUCGCCAGCAUCGGAGACGAAGAAAACGACGACGAACAACACGAGACAUUGAAGGCGAAGUUUAUCGUCAAGAUUGGGGACUUUGGAUUGGCCAGGGAUGUUUACAAAAAUGAUUACUACAGGAAGGAAGGAGAAGGUUUAUUGCCCGUCAGG